AUGGAAGACGCUCAGAUUCGAGAUAUGCUUGGCGAGAAACUUGACGUCUUGUGCUUUGAGAUGGAAGCUGCGGGGUUUAUGAACAGCUUCCCGAGCAUAGUAAUUCGCGGUAUUUGUGAUUAUUCGGAUGGGCAGUGGGAGGGGUUAAAGGAGUGGCGAGGGUAUGCAGCCAUGACGGCAGCAGCAUAUGCAAAGGCACUCCUCGGGAUGGUGCCAGUACGCAGGAUUGAUACAAAGACGACGAUCAAAGAUGUCGUCCCACCUGAACUUCCGGAGAGAGCAAGAAGCUUCAUCGCGCCGCUUCGGGGUGACAAGAAGGAGGAAGCCGUUUCUGUGUCUGCCGGCCCUGAAGAGACUCAGCCAAAGAAUGGAAGCAAAGAUCGGCCCUACCAGGUGCCUCCAGGCCAAGUAACGAAAACGCCGCCGGCUAAGAAUGGCUUCACUAAUAGCAAGACUGAGAUCAAGCAUUUGUACAUUGCAGUGAUGGGUGUCACUGGCUCUGGGAAGAGCUCUCUCAUCUCUCUAUGUACUGGCAAAAAUGUCAAGAUCGGCCAUAGCUUGGAGUCAUGCACUGCAGAUGUCGAGGACGUCGAGUUUAUGUUUAACAACCACGUCUGCGUCCACCUCAUCGACACACCAGGCUUCGACGACACAAGCCGCUCUGAUGUGGAGGUGCUGCAAAACAUUGCCGUCUGGCUUACCGACUCCCUCAAGCAAGACAUAAAGCUCAGCGGCAUCAUCUAUCUGCACCGCAUCAUUGAUGUCCGCAUGGCCGGCUCCACGCUCCGCAACCUAUCCAUGUUUAAGAAGCUAUGCGGUGAAGAAGCAUAUUCGUCAGUCGUCCUUGCCACCAGUAUGUGGAGCCAGGUCGAUGAGGCUACUGGCACGCAGCGCGAGCGGGAACUCAUUGAGACGAAGAAGUUCUGGGGCUACAUGCAUGAGAAAGGUAGCCGCAUCUUCCGGCUUGACCAGACGCGCGAGAGCUACCUCGAAAUCAUCAAGUAUAUCCUCUCUCUGGGCUCGACCACCCUACUUGAGCUGCAAGAUGAGAUCGUCAACCAGGGUCUCCCAAUCGAGAAUACCGAGGCGGGUGUGCAACUUAACCAAGAUAUUAUCCGCGAGCGCGAGAAGCACCAAGCUGAGCUGCUAGCCUUGAAGACACAGAUGCAGGAGGAGAUGGCGAAGCACGAUGCUGAGCUGCAACGCGCUUUGAAGGAGGAGUACGAUGAACUCAAGGACAACAUUCGCCGCAGCGAUGAGGAGCAGGCUAAGCUUAAGCAGGACCUCAAGGAUGUUCACGAGCGCAAAGAGCGCGAGUUGCUCGAGCUCAAGAAGCAGGUGGAGGCUGAGCGCAAGAGGUACGAUGAUAACCAAGACCGGCAGGCCCUUGAGAAUGACAAGCGCGCGGAGUCCUGGGCCAAGCAUCGCGAUACGCCACUUCACAUUGCAGCUCGCGAGGGAAAAGCAGAUGUGGUUCAAAAGCUUCUUAUGCAAGGAGCCGACGUUGACGCGAAAGAUAAAUAUGGCGGCACAGCACUUUUCGAUGCGGCUCACGGUGGAAAGGCAGAUGUGGCCAAAUUGCUACUGAACGAAGGAGCUGAUAUUGAAGCUAAGAAGAAUGAUGGUGAUACAGUUCUCCAUGAAAUGAGUUUUCAUGGAAGAGUCGAUAUGGUUAAUCUCCUUCUCAAGCAUGGAGCUGACAUUGAGGCCAAGACGAAAGGCGGCAGAACUCCACUUGGUGUUGCAAUUGAUAAUGAAAAACCAGAUACGGCCAAGAUUCUGCUUACUCGGGGAGCUGAUGUUGAAGCGCCAGGUGUUCAUGGUUGGACAGAGCUUCAUAAAGCAGCUUCUAGGGGGGACACAAAUAUGGUCGAGCUCCUUCUUAGCCAUAGAGCUGCCAUUGAAGCCAAGACGAAUAUAGGCGAUACUCCGCUUGGUCUUGCGAUUAAUGAGAAGGAUACAGAUAUGGCAAAGUUGCUGCUUGACUGGAACGCUGAUAUUGACACGCAAGAUGAAGAUGGGGAUACCAUACUUCAUAACGUGGCUUCUCGUGGAGAAAAGGACAUGGUCAAAUUUCUUCUUGACCAUGGAGCCGAUAUUGAAGCCAAGGGGAAUGACGGCAACACGCCAUUUUGUUCUGCAGUUUGGAACAAAAAAUACAAGGUGGCUAACUUGCUGCUUCGUCGAGGAGCUGAUAUUGAUGCUAAGCAGAACAAGGGCGGGUGUACGGUGCUUCAUAUUGCGGCUUCUCACGGAGAGGCAGAUGUGGUCAAUUAUCUUCUUGAUAAUGGAGCUGAUAUUAACGCCAAGUCAUAUAAUGGUCGUACAGCAAGGGGCUGGGCAAUUUCGAAAGGAACAUCAGACGUGGUCAAACUGCUGAAAAGUCGAGCAGCGGGGCGUUAA